GCCUGAGGCUCACAAACACACUGUGUUUGUGGCCUGAGGCUCACAACACAUGUGUGAUUUUUCUUCCGACUUCCAGGUCGUCAGAUUCCGGUCUACAGCGACUCUAAUGGCUUUCGUGUUGCGAAGAUGGAAAAUAUUACUCGUGAUGAAUGUAAUUGCCGUGGCGGGGUUUAUGUCUUUCUGGGCUAAGUGCAGCUCUAGUACUAUAACCGCCAUUGGCCAAAACUCUCACGGUAAUGUGAAAAGGCACAGCCGCUACAACCUCACCAUUCAGAGAUCAAGCAUCAGUCACGAGGCCCUGCUGAAGAGACUUGCGUCUCUGGAGGACGUGGUCUACAGACAGCUUAAUGGUUUAUCAAAGUCGCUUGGACUUACUGAAGGUUUCGGUGGUAGAGGGAAAGGAGGAUUGCCUGCAACGCUGAGUCCUGCCGAGGAAGCUAAUGCAAAAUACCUGAGGGAGAAGUACGGGUACAAUGCUUACCUUAGCGACAGGAUUUCUCUGGACCGAUCCAUCCCAGACUUCCGCCCAAGCAAAUGUAAGAAGUACACGUACCCGAGGGAUCUCCCGCAAAUAUCCCUCAUCUUCAUCUUUGUGAAUGAAGCCCUGUCUGUGAUUCUGCGAUCCGUCCAUUCAGCUGUCAAUCACACACCAGCGCACCUGCUCAAGGAAAUCAUUCUGGUGGAUGACAACAGUGAUGAUGGGCAGUUGAAGGCCCCACUGGAGGAGUAUGUGAGUAGGCGAUAUCCGGGCCUGGUGAAGAUCGUGCGCAAUCGGAAGCGGGAAGGGCUCAUUCGAGCUCGCAUUGAGGGCUGGAAAGUGGCCACCGGGGAAGUUACAGGAUUCUUUGACGCCCAUGUGGAAUUCACGCCCUCCUGGGCAGAACCGGUUCUGGCAAGAAUUAAGGAGGAUCGCAGGAGAAUCAUCCUCCCCUCCAUCGAUAACAUCAAGCACGAUACCUUUGCGCUGGAGCACUACGAGAAGUCCGGGCACGGCUACAACUGGCAGCUCUGGUGCAUGUACAUCAACCCUCCUAAAGAGUGGUGGGAUGAGGGAGAUAUAGCUGCACCUAUCAGGACUCCUGCAAUGAUUGGCUGUUCUUUUGUGGCACACCAUGAGUACUUUGGGGAGCUGGGCUUGUUGGAUGAUGGCAUGGAUGUCUAUGGGGGAGAGAACAUCGAACUGGGAAUCAGGGUAUGGCUGUGUGGGGGCAGCAUGGAGGUGUUGCCCUGCUCCAGGGUGGCUCACAUGGCCCGGCUGAAGAAGCCGUACCUCAGCGACAUUACGAUCCACGCCCGACGCAAUGCCCUGCGUGUGGCAGAAGUCUGGAUGGAUGAGUACAAGUCCAACGUGUACAUGGCCUGGAACCUCCCCAUGGAUAAUCAUGGAAUAGACUAUGGUGACAUCUCCCAGAGAUUAGCCCUGAGGAAACGCCUGCACUGCAAGAACUUUGAGUGGUACCUAGACAACGUCUAUCCAGAGAUGAGGAGAUACAACAACACUGUUUUUUAUGGGGAAAUUCGUAAUGGCAGAGUGAGCCAUCUGUGCAUGGACCAGGGAUCAAAGGAGAACCACACAGCGAUUCUCCAUCCAUGCCAUGGCUUGGGUCCACAGCUGGGCAGGUACACCAGGGAGGGGCUUCUGUACCUGGGUCCUCUCGGUAGUACAGGGGAGGAGACCAGCUGUGUGGUGGAUGACCACGUCAGCAGCCUGCCACAGCUGCUGAACUGUGACGAGAUCCCCAACAAGCGGGCAAAAACUUGGCAUUUCUCCCAGAACGACUCUAUCGUCAACCAAGCUACCGGCCGCUGCCUGGAAGUGGUGCCAGCCAAUGUGUACUUUGGCUAUUUGCUUGUUUUACAGUCCUGCACUGGACAGAAAUGGAGCAUCAAAUACAACAUGAAACAGCUGUGACAAUAAAUCAGCAUUAUUACACAGAAAAGCAUGCAUCGCUACAUCCUCCACCUUGUCAACUCCAUUAAACAAAGUAGCGCUGUCAUCAUA